AUGUCAAAUUUUACAUAAUCAUUUCAUGGAGCUUCAUCUUUUGGAAUUGGUUAGAGAUUGAACAUUGUAUGAUAACUCAAUAAUAAAAGUUUGCAUAAAAAUAAUAAAGUCCUAGUCCUCAUCAAUAUACAAUAUAAUCAACUUUAUCUACAAGUGCAUCGAAAUUUGGAAAGUCAUUACGUACAUAAUUUAAUAAUGUUACACCUCCUGUUGGUAAAUAUGAUUUGGAUUAAGAAAAUGUAUUUAGAGCAUAUUAUUUAAUAUAGAAUAGAAAAUUAAAAAUAACAAUCAAAGGAAAAAGAAAACAAGAAAAGGUUUCUUCUAUCGUUGGGUAAAGUGUUUGUUCUAUUUUUAGACCUGGAAGUUAUACUAUUGAACCUCCAAAAUCAAAUAAAAAAUAUGGUUUCGGAGAUAGAUUUUUAAUGACCUAUGAAACUGAAGUACCUGCACCUAAUCAAUAUCAUUUGAAUAAUAAUUGCUUGAAAUCCAGCAUUAAUAAAAAGAAUGGUUUUAUGUUAAGUUCCAGCAAACAGGAUAGUAUUUAUCCAAGAUCAUUAACUCCUGCGUAUUCUUAUUUAAACAAUCCAUAAGGCCUGGUCAAUAUGAAAGUGAUCUUAAUCAAUAAAGCACCAAUCAAACCUUCUCAAAAGCCCCAAGAGAUCCUUAUUAUUUAGAUACUCCAGGUCCUGGAAGUUAUCAUUAUGAAUAAAAAGAAUCUAAAGGAUUUUCGUUCUUAGCUAAGUAUAAGUAACCUGAUCCUUCAAAUUAUCCAGGACCAGGCACUUAUGAUGUUUAAGAUAAACUUAAAGGAAGUGGAACAAUUAAAUUUAAUUCUAUAUUGAGAUAGACUAUUUUUGGUUAAAUUAAAGAAGAAAGUCCAGGUCCUGGAACAUAUAAUUAAUAUUCUUAAAUAAAUAAAAGUAAAGGUACAAAAUUUUAAAAAUCCCCAAAAUUAUAUGAUUAUUCUAAUAAAAUUCCAGGUCCUGGGGCUUAUGAUAGUAAAUUGUCAACUUUACAAACAUAAGGAGGAGUUAUGGGAAAAUUGUAUAGAUCAAAAAGAAUUUGUACAACUCCUGGACCUGGAUAAUAUGAUAUAGAUUAAUCAUUUGAUGAUAAAUUAGUCAAUAUAAAUAGAUGGAGUAAAUCAAAAAGAUUUUAAGAUGAACGAACUGAUGUUAUUGGUCCUGGAUAAUAUGAUAUUGAUCGUUCUUUAAUGAAAACAGGUGUUUCAUUUACAAAAUAAAAAAAUAAUAGAGAUAAAAUUUAAAAAUAACUUUUUGAGUCUCCAGGUCCUGGACAUUAUUUAAUUGAUUCUGAAAUAGGAUUUAUACCUGAAUACUUAAUCAAAUAAAAAUGA